CAUACGCAGGUAACACGAUGGAAGGAGAACAGCUACAGGUUUUUAACCCGCGGGGACUGAAGACUUUGGAGGAAUGGAUGCAAAAGACCUCCAUCACCUUAACACAGGUCAAUGGUCAGAGGAAAUAUGGUGGUCCCCCUCUGGGCUGGUGUGCUCCUGCUCCAGGCCCGGGCUGUGAGGUCUUCAUCAGUCAGAUACCACGUGACGUCUACGAGGACCGCCUGAUCCCGCUCUUCCAGAGCGUCGGCACUUUGUACGAGUUCCGUCUCAUGAUGAACUUCAGCGGCCAGAACCGCGGCUUCGCCUACGCCAAGUACGGCAACCAGGUGAUGGCGUUAACCGCCGUUAUGACCCUCAACCAGUACCGCCUAGCGGAAGGGGCUCGACUGACGGUGCGCAGGAGCACGGAGAAGAGAGAGCUGCGCCUCGGGGACCUGCCGGCUAACGUGAUCGAGCCAGAACUGCUCAUGGUGCUUCGGAUGUUCUCCGAGGGCGUGGAUGAUGUCAUGCUGAAAGUGGGCGGGCCUAAAGGGAGAGAGGUGGUGGCUAUAGUCCAAUACUCCUCCCACUAUGCUGCAUCCAUGGCUAAGAAAAUAUUGGUGCAAGCGUUCAAGAAGCAGUAUGGCAUUUGCAUCACUAUAAGAUGGUUGUCCACAAAGUCCAAGCAUGUCGAGGAAGCCAAACCAGAAAACGGCCCUCUUACCCAGCCUGGUCUAAAACCCCUCCCCAAACCCUUUAUCACCUCACCCCACCUGCACCCCCCACCAUUCCUUCAUAACGUCCCGACCUGCACUUCCCCCCAGCCCUUCAUUCGGGCGGUUGGCCGUCGUGCAAUCCAACCGAGAGAUGGGCUGGUACCUCAAGACGCCGCGUCUCAGCUGCAGUGGCUCUGCGAGGUGAACGAACUCGGAGCUCCGCAGUACGAUGUAUGUUACCAUCACACCGGGCCCGACGGCUUCCUCUACUUCGCCUAUGAAGUCUUGAUCCCAGCUCUUCCCAUUCCCCUGUCCGGUUUUGUCCAGAUCCUGCCGGGCAACAGCGCUCAUGCCAUGAAGGGGGAAAUUCACCGGGCCACCGCCGAGCACGUGCUGAAAACCAUAUACAAGGCCUCAAACCUGCAAGCUUUCUAAUGUUCCGGCUGCGUUAUCGGUUUCAUGUUCAGUAUUACAGUUUUGAAGGCAUGUGAUGUCGAGGUUCCAGUUAA